UCCUGCCGGCUCUGCCGUGAUUUAUGGAAAGCGGUUUCUGACGCGGGGCUUUUUCUAUUACGACAGGGACCCACGGACUGGAGGAGGCAAAGCUGCAGUCAGGGCAGGAGAAGUGAGGGAGAGGAAGAGGCGGGAGCAGAGGGACACGGAGGAGUGGAGAGGACAGAGGGAGAAACAGGCACCGAGACACUUCAGAGAUGGGUGAGUUAUAACUGAGAGAGCAGGAGGAAAGGCAGAGAAAGGAAGAGAAGGAGAGCCGUGGGGAAGGGGAAGGGAAAGGGAAAGGAGAUCUGAGACUGAGUCAGCUUCCAGAGGGCAAACACCAGGAGACGAGUUCAGGGAACAGCCCAGCAUACCAAGAAGGACCUGCUCCGUCUGAAUCUUCACCAUGAGCACAAGGAAGAGCUGCCCCCUGCCACUGGGGCAAGGAGACCAGGAGGAAAAGCAAAGCGAGGGUACCCCUGACCUGGAGCGACAGGAGUGUGAGAUGGAGCUGAGGAACAAAGCUAUUCUGCAACAGAAAAGGCGCCUCAAACAGGCCACCCAGUUUGUGCACAAGGACUCUGCUGACCUGCUGCCCCUGGAUGGCUUGACAAGGCUUGGCACCUCCAAGGAUCUGCAGCCUCAUAGUGUGGUCCAGCGGCGCCUCUUGGAAGGCAACCUGAACAAGCUGCGGGGCGAGGCCAGGGGUCAGCCUGCACGGGUUCAAUCUCCGCUGGCAAAAGACCAGGAUGACAAGAUAGAAAAGGGAGAGGACAGGAGAAAAGAGACUUCACCCCUGCUAAUACAGUGCCAGUGCCAAGGUCAGGUAUUGAAAGCGACUGUUAACACUGGAUGUCUACCAAACCUCAUCUCCAAGAGGUGUUUAAAGCAGCUGGGGCUGGAAGAAGUGUCUGCCAUGGACUGUGGAGACCUCUCUCUUCCCAUCCCCAGCGUUGUUGGCCGAGUAGAACAUAUGGAGUUGCAAAUUGGCCAGGAGACAGUGCUGUGUUCAGCACUGGUUGUAGAUGAUGAAAUGCUGGAGUUUUGCAUUGGCCUCCAGACUCUGUUGUCUCUUAAGUGUUGCAUCGACUUGGAGGAAGGAGUCCUGAGAUUUAAAGCGCUGAGUCAGGAGCUGCCUUUUCUACAUGCCUCUGAAGAGCCUGGUCAGUGACUGGCUGCAUUCCCCAUGUCUGGAGACCUGCUGAGACGAGAGAGAGAUGAGGGUGAGGCUCCCAUGCCCCUAACCUUGCUGAGUUCUAGGCUGAGGCAUUCAAUGGGGAGUGAGAAAAAGGCAAUUGGGUGCUGGAAGCUGUCACUGGGAGUGCCUCAACUUGAGAUAUCCCUCCUUUCAGUGGACCCUGUUGCUUGUCCUGAUGUGCCGAGUGGGCAUUUUGUUCUUGUUCUGCUAUUUGGCCCUAGUCACUCCAAUUUCUGGUUCUGUAAUAAAUUUAUGCUACCCCUUUAGUGACUUUACAACAGCCUCUGUUCACAAGAGAGUUUCUGUGAACAAUCUCCAGUUGCUCUAUUGACAGGAGAACAGCGUUUUCUCCAAAGACCUCCAAAGAUUACCACGAAUGUUUCCCUUCUCAUUGCCUCAAUGCCAGCGUACACCAGUCCUGUUUCUUUGUUGGAAGGGCUCUGUUCCCUUUGCCUGCACUCUGGGAAACUGGAUUUUGCUGCUUUCUGCUGGCCCAGAGCAGAAAUAUUUUCUUGGGAAAACUUUGUGGCAAAAACAGUUUUAGAGUUCUCAGUUCUAAGAAACCUUAUCAGAAAUGUUGAGUGCAGAUGCCUAAAGCACUGACAGGGGCUUGGGCUUUGCCAUUGCAUCCAUGGGCACUAAGCUAUAUUAUAUGAAUGGCAAUGCUUACCAUCUCUUGGUGUUACAGCCUCUAACCUAACCAGACUUGCACACCCUGUUCUUCUGGCCAGGCCACUCCUCUCUGCACUCCAGCUGCUAGAGCUGCAUCCCUGUUCCCUCUGCUGCUUCACUGGAGAUCCUGCCACUCAGUCUAAAUGCUGAGAUGAAUUACAGCACCAAGUCUUCUGCUCUGUCAGCUCCUUUCUUUCAACUUGGAAUCCAGUGAUUAAACACAGACACAUCAUCAGCCUCGAGUCCUGGCAUCAUACAGCCCAUCAACUUUGCUUCUCUUGCACAAAAUGAGAACUUGUAGUAUCAGCUCAGGUUACAGAACUGUGAACUCAUCUGGACUGUUAAAGGUGAUUAUUAAGUCACUUAACAAUUGGGUAUAUUUAAUUCCUUUUUUUCUUUUUAAUUUCCAUACUAAAGCAUAGCUGUAUUUAAAAUACAUAAUCUAUUCUUAACUAACUCUAGGAAAAAUGCACUAGAUAGGACUUGUUCCAUGCCUCAUGGCUACUGAUUCACUAUCCAAACUGCAAAAGGUACCUUUAUCCACCUUUAAAAUGCUAUGACAACCCCAUUUUUUCCUAUUUUCCUGGAUUAAACACCGCUGAUUCUCUUCCUUUUUUA